AUGCCAAGGAAGAUUACAGCUACACCUAGAGUUAAUACGAAUCUUUCCCUGUUGUCGAGAAAGAGCUCGGUUAUGUCAGGAGUCGUCAAGGAAAUGUAUCCAGAAGCCACCAUUUGUUCCUGUUUGAUCAAACCUACUGAUUUCCCAUUUGCCCAGCUUGAGACUAGAUCCGCAAAGACUUCUUGAGGGGAUACCUACGAAGGCCAAGUUAAUAAAAAGACUGGGCAGAAGCAUGGGCGUGGAACAUACGACUGGAAUAAUGGUCCCGAGAAAGGAGAUAGAUAUGUUGGAGACUGGGUUAAUGAUAAAAGAGAAGGUUAUGGAAUUUAUUACUUUGCUAAUGGUAAUAAGUAUGAAGGUGAAUGGAUGAAAGACAAUAAGCAUGGGCUUGGAGUAAUGACCUGGGCUGAUGGAAAUACUUACAAAGGAGAAUGCAAAGUUGGAAAUAGGAGUGGAAAAGGAAAGAUUACUUGGAAUAACGGCAACAGUUAUGAAGGAUACUUUUACAAUGGUGAACCUUAUGGAAGAGGUACUUAUUAUUGGGCCAGUGGAGAUAAAUUUGAAGGUAUUUGGCAAAAUGGCGAAAGGCAUGGAGAAGGCAUGUACACAUGGAGCAAUGGAAAGAAGGAGAAGCAAAUUUGGAAGUAUGGAAAGGAAGUCUAAAGUUCUAAAAUUUCUGAAA